GGAGCGGGGCGGGGCACCGAGCAAAGGUUGGCUUCUUAGCCCCGGACCUUCUCCGCAGCUCUCCGGCAUCAUGACGGUGGGCGCCAGGCUCCGAAGCAAAGCGGCGAACAGCUUCGCGCUCCGGGGGCGCCUGGGGCGAUCGCGGGGCACGGGUGACGAGGAGACAGAUGCCAUCGUAGAGCACCUGGAGGGUGAGGACGAGGACCCGGCGAGCCAGGAGGGUGAGCACGAGGAGAGCGGGCGGCGCGCGGGGACCCCAAGCGCGCGCAGAGUGCACCUGGCUGCGCUGCCUGAGCGUUACGAGCCCCUGGAGGAGCCUGCGCCAGGUGACAAGCCUAAGAAGAGAUAUCGGCAAAAACUGAAGAAGUACGGCAAGAAUUUCGGGAAGGUCAUCAGCAAAGGAUGCCGGUACAUUGUCAUUGGCCUGCAAGGAUUUGCUGCAGCCUACUCUGCCCCAUUUGGAGUGGCCACCAGCGUCGUGUCCUUCGUGCGCUAAUAGGAGCUGCAGGGGCAGGCAUCACCAGAAUCCUUCUGCCCCCCGGACAGUUUGAGUCCACCAGCACUUCAGACUCGAACUCAGGAACUCUAAAGAGGAACCCUGCUUCAUGCUCCGUUGUUGAACUGGUUGGGCCAUCCCCGCUUAUCCGCUGAGCCACUUGUUUAUCUUGGACAUGGGUGGAUCUUGGGGUCAGUCCCAUGGAGAAUUGAGCCAAAGUCAAGUUGGGGUGAGGGUUAGCUUGCUUCCUGUACUGGCUAGAGCCUUCCUGGGGUACACAGGAAGGCAGACUCAUGGCAGAUCUGGGGUCUGAGCCAUGCAGGUAGUGGGUGAAUUUUGAGGGAGGAGGGUACAGAUCUCUAAUGGGAUAGUUAGUUGCAAGGUUCUGGAAAGGCACUGGCCUUGGCCUUCCUUGAUCCUCUCAUUAAGGACAGUGAGGGAGCUGUUGCUGACAUCUUUCUCUCCAUCUCUUUGCUUUACUGAGCUGUCAUCGGGAGUUUAAUUACAGGGUUGGGGAAGAAAGAAGGAAGGAAACAGUCUUUGAAGACCACGAUGCUUUGAAACCCAUGUUCACAGCUGUGCGGGGACUGUUGAAAGUAGAUCAGAGCAUGUCAUUUUCAUGAGUAUUUUAUAACUACACAGCUGGCAAAGAGGGAGGGAGGGAGGGCGAGUUCAGAAGCAAGCUUGGAGGCUGCAACAAACAGGUGCUUUCAGAGUCUGAACCUGGUCCAAAGAUUGUGUUUGGAGCUGGCAGGAGUCCAGGGGGAGGGGGCAGGGGCAAGGGAGAGAGGGAAAGAGAGAAAAGGAAAGGGAGAGAGGAGAGGGAGAGAGAGGAGACAGAGAAUUGACAAAUAUAUUUAGAGGAGCAAUAGAAGUUGGGAGCCAGGAAUGCAAGCUUGCAAUGGGGGCUGGGCUAGUUGUAUGUAGGACCAGAGGAAGCUGGGGGACCAGAGGCAUUGUGGUGGUUGAGUUAACACUUCUUAGGCUAGCAUCUCACUUGGAAUCAAAGAUUAAUCUAGGCAUGAAUCCCAGGCUUGAGACUCACUAAGGAUGGCUCAUAGACUACCUUGAGUGUUGGGAGAAUGAGAGAAGAAACCCUUUUAAGUCUACAAUGUCUGGGAAACUGUACUGGUUGUUUCACAACUGUCUUCAAAGUUGUUCACAGAGGUUCCUCUCCCCAUGACCCUUGGCCAACCCCACAGCAGGUCAAGAUUCAACCUUGAUUCUAGAGCAUUCAAGAUCCAGAACAGUCAGCAUCACCUUGUUGGCCUGGGAGACUUCCUGGGGCAAACAAAGAAAGCCAAGAUGCUCACCUCUCACCCGUUGGGGCCAACCAUCAGGCACUGGUGGGUGGGUGGGAAGAUGGACAGAAAAGGAGCAGGUAGAGGAGACCAUAGCAGUUGCCCACUCAGAUUCAAACUCCUUUCUGGAGGCUCCUGUUUUAAGUGGCCUGGUCCCUCGAGCUGGGAAAUAAGUGGUCUUGCUUGAUCCCUAGUAUCUAAAAGCUGGUUAAUACAGGUUCACACAUGUGACAGGAUGAUGCUUGCCUGGUAGUCCUAGGAUGGAAAAUGGGAAGGUAAAUAGGAGAAAAAGUCACAUGCAGUUGGCUGGAAAGAAUCAGGAAUGUGAAGCUUGCGAGAUGUCUCCCCUGCCACCUCCUGAUGCCACAGAACCUCCAGGGAGCCCACAACAUCCUGCCAGGAAGGGAGUGUGACCCAGGGAAGGAAUGAGCAGUCAAGGGUGCUUCAUAUCCCAGGAGUCUCUUCCUCCUCCCCAAAUUGGAAGAUCAGUAAAGCCAAGCACAUCUGGCCCUGUGCCUCUUCCAGUCUGGCUAAGAAUUAACUCGGAAAUGACCAAAGUCAAAAGCUUGCAGGGGCGGUCCUGGGCCACCCUCCCUGGAAGGUCGAUUUCAGCCCCAGGAUCAGGCUGUGUGAUCACAUCCCCUUGUGGAGCUUUGGGUUCAUGUUGCAGACCGUUCCUUGUUGCUUUCCUCUGUGUUCUCUUGUGUAUUCGACCUCAAGGUCCGCACCCUGCUGCAACUGAAUUUAAGAGCUUAGCUUUCCCAUUACUGACUUCAAACUUCUUUUCUUUUCUAUAUCCCACUCUUGCCUUGAGGUGUAAAUAAAAAGUCCCAGCUUGUCUGGUUUUCGUA